AUGCAGUCCGAAGCUACCGACGAUGUGCUACUGGGAGGAACCUACCGUGUAGGAGUGAAGACGCCUAAGUUCAACCCCGAAGACCCAGAACUGUGGUUUGCUCAGCUGGAAGGGCAGUUCACCUUGUCCAAUAUAAGCGCAGACGCCACGAAAUUCUACUACGUGUUGUCGCAACUGGAACCGCAGCAUGCAGCAGAAAUCCGGGAGUUGAUCGUGUCACCUCCAGCCUCCAACAAAUAUGAGACGAUCAAAAAUGAACUCAUACGGAGAUUAUCAGCUUCGCAAGAAAAGAAGAUUAAGCAAUUGUUGAUGCAUGAGGAGAUGGGAGAUCGCAAACCUACACAGUUCCUUCGACACCUGCAGCUUUUGGCCGGAGAAAAUGUUCCGAGUGACUUCAUCCGCACCAUCUGGGCAAGUCGCUUACCUACUCAUCUGCAGACAUGCAUAGCAGCGCAGCAAACUAAGAUGUCGCUAGAAGAUUUAGCCGAACUUGCAGAUCGUGUCAAUGAUGUCGUGCCAGUAACCAUGCAAGUAGCAAGUCAAGUAGCCAGUUUGUCAACAUCUGCUAUCAUACCAAGCACCAUUGACGCGUUGACCCGUAAAACGCCCACGGCCUCGCUUUAA